AUGAGUAACAAACUGAAAAAUAAGAGGAGCAAGGAAGAAAAAAGUCAAGAAAUGUCUACCAAUUUAAAAUACCUUUCCUUGGGCAUCCUGGUUUUUCAGACCACAAGUUUAGUCUUGACCAUGCGUUAUUCUCGGACACUGAAAGAAGAAGGACCUCGUUACUUAUCCUCUACUGCAGUAGUUAUUGCUGAACUUCUGAAGAUUUUGGCCUGUGUUCUGUUGGUCUACAAAGACAACAAGUGCAAUUUACGGACUCUGAACAGAGUGCUACAUGAUGAAAUCCUUAAUAAACCCAUGGAAACUCUUAAACUUGCUAUUCCUUCAGGAAUUUAUACUCUUCAGAAUAACUUGCUGUAUGUAGCAUUGUCAAACCUAGAUGCAGCCACAUACCAGGUUACAUAUCAACUGAAAAUUCUUACUACAGCCUUGUUUUCUGUGUCCAUGUUGAGCAAGAAAUUGGGUGUAUACCAGUGGCUUUCAUUAGUAAUAUUGAUGACAGGAGUGGCAUUUGUGCAGUGGCCUUCAGACUCUCAAGCAACAGCUGCUAAGGAACAUAAAAAAUCAGCAGGAUCUCAGUUUGUAGGCCUGAUUGCAGUUCUUAUAGCAUGCUUUUCUAGUGGAUUUGCUGGGGUUUAUUUUGAGAAAAUUUUAAAGGAAACUAAGCAGUCUGUGUGGAUCAGAAACAUUCAGCUUGGAUUUUUUGGUAGCAUAUUUGGACUGAUGGGUGUAUACAUUUAUGAUGGAGAACAACUGUCAAAGAAUGGAUUUUUUCAAGGAUACAAUAAACUUACUUGGAUAGUUGUUGUUCUACAGGCACUUGGAGGGCUGGUGAUUGCUGCUGUUAUAAAAUAUGCGGACAACAUUUUAAAGGGAUUUGCAACUUCUCUCUCUAUUAUACUUUCAACAUUGAUCUCCUAUUUCUGGCUGCAAGAUUUUGUUCCUACAAGUGUCUUUUUCUUCGGAGCCGUCCUUGUAAUAGCAGCCACUUUCCUAUACGGUUAUGAUCCCAAACCUGCAGGAAAUCCCAUUAAGGCAUAGCAGACUUCCUCAUCAAUCUGCUUCUCAAGAUCAUGCAUUGGGGUCCUUGCUAACAAUGGCAUGUGGAAAGUAUCAUUGUGCACUGCAAGGAAAGGAUUACUACCUGGAAUCUAUUAAAGAAAUGCUUAUGAGUAGUUUUGAACAGCCAGAGGGGUCGAAGGUGGAUCAUGAUACUGUCUGUAACUGAUGGGGGAAAAAAAAAUGGCAGGGGAAUGCCCGGUGCAACUUGCUAAUAAAAACUUGAAA